AUGAUAACCAUCAGACUUGUCCUAGUUCUCAUCCUUUUCCUACUGCUGUUUACUCGACAGAAAACGUCACGACCUCUCUACAACGAUAAGAGCCUACCCUCCAACGUGACUGUUAGCUCCGAACUUGCCACUAUACCUGACAGAAUUUGCUGUCUUUGGUGUUUUACCCGUGAUAGUAAAUUAAGGAACAUUAGUUGUCCACCGAACCACCGCUAUGCCUAUGGCCUAACCUUUCAAGUCAACCGUAGAACUUCGCAUGCGUUAAUUUGUAUUCUCCUUUCUGGGGAUAUCUCCUUAAACCCGGGUCCUAAUAGUCAACAUCAACAACCACAGAUGCAAAGUUUGAAAGGUUAUCCUGCAACAUGCCUUGUUAUUAAUGCCCGUAGUCUAAAAAGUUUGCACGUAACAGAUGACAAACAAGUAUGUAAUCUAUCUCGUUUCCAAGAGCUUGCCCAUUCCGAGUCAGCCGAUCUGGUGUGGGUCACAGAAACGUGGCUUACUAAAGACAUUCAUAACGCUGAAAUUCUGCCAACUGGUUAUUCAAUCUAUAGGAAAGACCGUAAAACGAGCAACGGUAGCGGUGUUCUACUAGCAAUUAAAUCAGGUUCAUUUAAUUCAUCUCGAGAACUAGUUAAUCCAUCUGACCUCGAAGUGACCUCUGUAGAAAUAAUCACCCACUCAAAACUAAAACUGUUAAUCUGCUGUUGCUAUAGACCACCUAAUGCUGAAAAGAUCUGGUUGGAUAAAUUUAACUCGAUUUUGGCUGAUCUGUCGUCUCGUCAUGAUAACAUUAUAAUUUGUGGUGAUUUCAACUUCCCUAAAGUAAACUGGCUAUCUCCUGCUAAAACGUUUGGUGCUGACGAAAUCUCAUUCACAGAGCAACUGAACGAUUUCUACUUAACCCAACUUAACACUCUAGCUACAAGAGGUGUCAAUAUACUUGAUUUAGUUAUCUCCACUGUACCGAACCAGAUAAAUAACAUCACUUUGCUCAAUCCAGAAAAUAGCGGCUUGUUUACUGAUCACUCGGUUAUUAUUUUUGAUCUAAAGACAUCUAUUAGAGCAGGUCCUAGGCUAAACCGAUCAGUUUUGGAUUUCCGGAGGGGUGACUUCGAUGGCCUUCGUUCUGCUUUACAAGCGAUUGAUCUCUCCACUAUAAUACAACAAGAUUCUGACAUAAAUGAAGAUUGGCUGCUGUGGAAAGACACUUUUCUCACAACAGUUAACGAUUUUAUCCCUUCUCGAAAGAUCAAGGGAAGAAACUCCCCUCCUUGGUUAAAUGGCAAAGUCAUCCACGCCUUACGACAAAAGGAAGCUGUGCGACGAAAGCUUAAAACAUCUCCGACUGUUUCCUUAAAGACCAAGUUCAGAGAAUUACGAGCUAACGUUAAAAAAAUGGUUAAGUCUAGCCGUAAAAACUUCUUUUCCUCCCUUGAUGUUAACUUCCAACUAAACCCAAAAAGAUUUUGGUCGAUAUUUAAGCUAACAAACAAAGAAUCCAGCAUUCCUGAGUCCAUGUCAAUGGGUAACGCUGAUGUGUCUGCUUCGUCACAAUUUCGAACUGCUUCAACCCCCAUUACCAUCGCGGAGAUAUUCAACAACUAUUUCUCAUCUGUUUUCACGAACAGUGAUUCUGAUUUAUCUUUGCCUCCUUCCCAACAACCAGCUACAGAUUCACUAUUAUCAGACGUCCAAUUUACUACAGAAGAAGUUCAGGAAACACUUCUAGCGCUUGAUACCAGCAAAGCGACUGGACCUGAUAACAUCUCGCCUAAACUUUUGAAAGAAACUGCCAACCAGAUUGCACCUUCACUAACUAAGGUAUUUAAUAAAUCUGUUAGUUGUGGAGUUGUACCUGAUGAUUGGAAGCUAGCAAACAUUGUACCUGUAUACAAGAAAGCAGAAAAGGAUCAAGUUGAAAACUACCGCCCCAUUUCUCUCCUCUCUAUAAUUUCGAAAGCUCUCGAGCGCUGUGUUCUUCGUAACAUCCGAGAUCACUUGGUAGUCUUGAUCAACAACUCCCAACAUGGUUUCAUUCCAGGAAAAUCUUGUACUUCCCAGCUGGUGGAAGUGCACGACUAUAUAGGAUCUUUACUGGACGCUGGGAAACAAACUGACGUGAUCUACAUGGAUAUGUCCAAAGCCUUUGAUAAAGUUAACCACCAAAUUCUUAUUCAUAAACUUUACAACUGCUUUGGCAUCUCUGGUAGUUUACUCGGUUGGUUCUCCUCCUACUUGUUGAACAGAAGGCAACGCGUGACUGUUCUAGGGGCUACAUCAUCUGAAAAACCUGUUAUGUCUGGUGUCCCUCAAGGUUCUAUCCUGGGUCCAAUACUCUUUCUCCUUUAUGUUAACGACCUACCUGAUGUGGUGAAUAAUGCAAAAGUAGCUUCUUUUGCUGACGACACAAAAUUAUUCAAGUGUGUCGAUUCUCACAUAGACGGUGCCUCGAUUCAAAGUGAUCUUGAUAAUCUUGAGGAGUGGUCGACUUCUUCUGGACUUGUAUUUAAUCAAAAUAAAUGCAAAUGUCAGAGAAUUACCAGGAAAAAAACUACCACCGAAUUCCCCUACACCAUCAAAAACAAAACCCUCGCACUAACAACAGAGGAGAAAGAUCUUGGCGUUUGGGUUACUAGUAAUCUGACAUGGUCCAAACACACCCUAGAUCGAUGUGCCGCAGCCAAUAGGAUGCUCGGGUUCGUACGUAGAUCUGCAACGGAAAUCACGGAUAAAAGGAUUCGCCGUGCAUUGUAUUUGGCAGUUGUAAGACCAGCGCUGGGCUAUGCCACUCAAGUGUGGUCGCCGCAGUCGGUGGAGCUCAUCAACCAAGUGGAACGUGUUCAACGC